AUUUUGGUAAAUUUUCAAUCGCAGGUGUGCGUGCUCCAAGAAUUUUCCCAACAGUUCAACAAUGGAGGCAUGCUGUACUGCAACACCCCAAACGUUCUUCCGUUUCAACCCCGCUCAAAUUCCCGCUUCACCUUCCUCUGUUUUUCUUAAACCCUCAAGGAAUAUCCAGCACCAAUCCCCAUUACUAGCUGCACGUGCGUCUUCCCGCCAAUUCCUUCAUCCCCGACCCGAUUGCCGGAAAACAAUUUCGACCCGGUUCGCAGCAUCCGCAGCCCCCACCACCGCCGAUAGCGCCGCCAUUGAUAAACUCCCUGCUGACAUUCAAGUUACAGAAACACCAGAGCCCAAUUCAAGAGUGAGGUUGAGUGUGGAGGUUCCUGCAUUAGUAUGCGAUGAUUGCUACAAAAGAGUCAUCAGCGAGUUCAUGAAGCAAGCCAAGGUACCUGGAUUUCGUCCCGGGAAGAAUGUUCCAGAGAAUAUUCUUAUUAGUUACGUUGGGAAAGAUGCUGUUAAGAAAGCCACAAUCGAAUCUAUCUUGAAGAGAACACUUCCUCAUGCCAUGUCAUCAGUAAGCGGGAGAGCUUUAGAAGAUUCGGUCCGUAUUUCAACUAAGUUUCCGGAAAUGGAGAGCACUUAUUCUUCUAUGAAAUCUUUGAGAUACGAUGUGAUUGUUGAUGUGGCACCUGAAGUGAAAUGGAAUCCUGAAGGCGGAUACAAGAAUUUGAAAAUUGUUGUCGAAAUUGAUAAAGAAAUUGACGCUCAAACAGCAGCUGAGCAUGAACUAAGGCGUCGUCACAAGGCACUUGGUGCACUUAGAAUUGUGACUGAAAGAGGACUUGAGGUAGGAGAUGUUGCAAUUCUUGAUAUAUCGGCUACGACGAUUGAGCAAGAUGAAUCGGCUGCUCAAGCCAUUCCUUCUGCUGAGAGUAAAGGGUUUCAGUUUGACACAGAAGAUGGGGAUAAAGUCCUACCAGAUUUUCUGAACUCGAUAACUGGAAUAAAACGUGGUGAAAGUAAGUCAUUUCCAUACGUAUUUCCCGAUUCAUGGGAACAAGAAAAUCUUCGUGGACUCCGUGCUCAAUUUACCGUUGAUUGCAAGGAACUUUUCUACAGAGAUCUACCUGAACUGAACGAUUCGAUCGCUGAUAAGAUUCUCUCUGGAUGCUCCACCAUUGAGCAGGUUAAGGAAAUAUUGCUUGAAAAGUUUCUCGAAGUGGAGCAAACUGCCAAAGAUCAAGCUACGGAUAAUGCUAUUCUAGACCAGCUACACAGAAUGGUUGAAGUUGGUAUUCCACCAUCUUUGUUCGAGGAACAAGGCAGGCAGCUUUAUGGAGCACAACUCCUUCAAAUUCAGGCAAACACGAAACUAAGCGAACAACAAUUGGCGUAUUUAUCUAGCCCCAAGGCAGUAAACGAGUUCCUGCAAAACCAAAGAGAGAAUAUAACGAGUAUUAUAAAGCAAAAUCUAGCUGUCGGCGACAUAUACAAACGCGAGAAUCUUCAGGUAUUAACAGAUGAGGUUGUGAAGGAGGUUGAAAAUUCGAUUACCGAAUUUAAACGCCACGACCAAGAAUACGACGAGGAGCGGGUCAAAGGACAGGUACAAGAGGUACUCGAGGGAUCAAAAGUGCUCGAAUGGCUUAAAGAACAUGCAGCGAUUCAGUACAUUACCAAGUAAGAGGUAAGAGAUCCAAUAUUAAGAAGAUCCGACGGCUGCUUUAAGUCAUAUCCAAUCGUGUGAAGCGAAAAUUCUUUCUUUGCCAUUUGCUUGAAUCGAGCAAUUAGAGUUCGGUAUAUUUUGCUACUGCGGAAGGAAGAGAGAUUGAAAAAGGCAUUAGUUUUUGUAGCUUUGUAGAACUCGGAAUCGAGAUUUUGAAAUAAAUUAAUUACAAUUUGCAUUUA